AUGAUCAGCAGCGUUUGCAUUACUUGCGUUCUUGCCUCUCUGGUGAAGCUGCAACCAUCGAAACUCCGGAAGAAUCUUUCUUCUCUGUGGAAAGCACUUGAAGCGCGGUACGAAAACCGUCGCUGGUUGGUCGAUCGUCAUCUUGCUGAAAUCUUCCAACUAAAACCGAUACCCAGUGAAUCUUCUUCUUCCCUACGUGAUCUCGUGAAUGUUGUGCAGAAAAAUCUUCGUGCUCUAUCGUCAUUGAAACUGAACCUUGAUACACUUUCGGAGUCAAUGGUGGUCCACAUUGUCGCCUCCAAAUUGGACAAACAAACCCAUAAGGAUUUCGAAUCUCAUUUAACCGGUACCAAUCUAGUGAAGUGGCAGGAUAUGGUCGAUUUUCUGCAAAAUAGGUGCCGCAUUCUGGAGAAUUUGGAACAGGAUCACAAACCUGCCGCUCGUGUCGGCAGCAAACCCAUCGGUGUCAAGCAACUUCCGAAGGUAUUAGUGAGUACAAGAGAAGAUGAUUCCAAGAAGAGUGGCGCCCCGAGAAGCGUUUCGUCUUUGAGGGCAAAUACAGGAGGCAACGAAUCGGAAUCUCAGCCGGGACCUAGUCGAGUCGAGUUGUGCACAAUUUCGGAAGUUGUCGAUUUGGUCCAUCCUACCAAUCCUGUCUCGAUGGAAGCGUCCGGACCAGAGGCGUUUCGUAUUCCGAGCAGCGAUGUGAAAGCGAAUAGAGUGUCAAGGAAGGUCCAGCUUAUCGCAUCCACUGAUCAGGCCUUACUGCAUACUGCUGUUGUCUACAUUCGUGGUGGAAAUGGUGAGCUGCAAGAGUGCCGAGCAGUUCUAGAUUCCUGUGCGAUGUCGACGUUUAUGACGAGUGCGUGUGUGCAGAAACUACGACUGAAACCGUUCCCAUCUGAUGUUUCUGUUGUUGGAUUUGGAGGAACAGGCAAAAAAAUUGCCGAAGCUGUUGUUGCCGAGGUGAGUUCGAAAUCAUCCUACUUCGUCUCACUGUCGGAGUUUCUCGUUACCCCCAAUAUAACAACGAAAUUGCCACUUCAACCAUUCAAAACUGCACAAUGGGAAAUUCCAGAGUGGGUCGAAUUGGCCGAUCCGCACUUCAACCUACCAGCACGUGUGGAAAUACUGUUCGGCAUAUUGGAUUGGGACAAAAUGAUGCUAAGUCGAAGCUAUCAACUUUCGGAUGGUCUACCUACCCUCCGGAAAACAGUGUUUGGGUGGGUUGCCGGAGGUCCAGUAAUUGAAAGGCGUUCAUACCCUGUUGUACAAGCGCUUCCGAUCACGAAUGAACAAUUGGACGAUCAACUUUCGAGGUUCUGGCAAUUGGAGGGUUACGGUCAAGAGCGGAUCUAUGGCGGAGAUGAACAAAGGGCUGAGGAACAUUACACUUCGACUCAUUAUCGUGACGAAAGUGGUCGUUACGUACUCGCUCUGCCAUUCAAGAAUACGGAGUUUGAACUUGGCGAUUCCAGCCAUAUGGCUCAUCGCAGAUUUCUUCUGCUCGAAAAGCGACUAGCCAAGGAUCACAACUUGUACUCCGAGUAUCGAAAGUUUAUGCAAGAGUACUUUGACCUGGGGCACAUGGAGAAGGUCGGAACGUUCAAUUCCGCUGAACCAUCCAACGAAGAAUGUUAUUUUAUCCCGCAUCAUGCUGUGCAACGGCCGGAAAGCAGCACCACAAAGGUACGGGUAGUUUUUGAUGCCUCCGCUAAAAGCAACAACGGAGUGUCAUUGAACGAUUUGCUACUUGUUGGACCAACACUGCAACCUCAACUGGUGAACAUUUUGCUUGCUUUUCGUAUCCACAAAGUUGUCGCUACUACAGAUGUGUCGAAAAUGUUCCGACAGAUCUCCAUCCGAGAAGAAGAUCGUCGUUUCUUGUUAAUUUUGUGGCGACCCCGUCCCGAGGAAGAACUUUGUAUCUACCGACUCACAACCGUGACUUACGGUACAGCCUGUGCUCCAUACCAAGCCACUCGAACCCUAUUCCAAAUUUUUGAGGAUGAAGCCAAUAAUUUUCCGUUAGCAGCACAGUUUGGGAAGAAGUCUAACUACGUCGAUGAUGCACUUUUCGGUGCAGAAACGGUCAAAGAGUUCCUGUAA